AUGGGAGGGGAUGUUUUCAGUUUCUUGAUCCCUGGUGUUGAUAAAGAAAGUUGAGACUCGGUUCUGAAUUUAACCUAAAAGCCAAGUUAAUAUGCACCGUUCCUGCCUUAUGGAUGUGUGGUCACACUUCACACAACACACAGGAAGAGUUGAUACAUAGGGGGAACCACAAGUAUGGAACCUCUGACUCCAUGGUUCAUGAGUAUUUCACACUCCCUGGUGAAGGCCUUCCUACAUUAAACAUUCCUUGCUAGACAUUGAUUGUGUUCUGGUGUGUGAAGUAAGUAUAAUGUAACCAUGGCCAGGACAUGCUGUGUGCUGUGUGCGGUGCUCUUUGGGAUUCAAGUCAUACAAGUGUGGGCUGUCAGUCCAUGUGAGGAUACACCUAACUGGGUGGGAUAUUGUAGAGGCAGCACAGACUGCAGCUACCCAGUCAGUGUAUCAAGCCAAGCAUACAGCCACUGUAAGAAGACCUGCAAGAUCUGCGAAUCAGACACAGCGUGUGCUGAUGGCUACUAUGGUGCAGACUGUAAGCCCUGUGUAUCUCGCUGUAACAGCAGCGGCCAGUGUGAGGACAAGGGGUCCAGUGAGUGUCCACAGACAUGUCCAGAUGGUUACUACAGCUUCAACUGUAAUAGGAGAUGUCCUAGCAACAUCUGUGCUGCAUGUAAUCGGUGGUCUGGAGAGUGUGAGGCAUGUAAAGAUGGAAGCUAUGGCAGGAAAUGCCUCCAAAGAUGCUCAGAACAUUGUAUGGACAAAACUUGUGACAUAGAUAGCGGAGAAUGUCUUGAUGGGUGUGAACCUAUGUGGGUGGGUGAGAAAUGUGAUGUUAAAGAAGUAAUCUGUGAGAACUGCAAUCUUCAUAGCUGUACAGAUGACAUGACAUGUCUAUCUGGUUGUAAGAAUACAUGGUAUGGCCCCAAGUGUGACCAACAGUGCAAAAAUUGUAAAAAGAAAAAUUGUACCAGUUCUGGUGUCUGUCAAGCUGGAUGUAUAGCUGGCUUCUAUGGGAACACAUGUACUGAAAGCUGUAGUGAGUUUUGUGACAAGAAACGAUGUAAUCAGACUGGCUACUGUAACAACUGUGUGUCAGGAAGACACGGAGAAGACUGCACCAGGAUCUGCAGCACCAACUGUGAGGGCCCCUGCUACAGAAAUACUGGGAAAUGUAAAGACUGUUCAGUUGGAUGGUAUGGACGGUUUUGUACAAAAUCCUGCGACAACUGUCUGAAUGGAUGUGAGAGAAAAGGGAAAUGUAAAGAUGGUUGCAAGUUAGGCUGGUAUGGGGGAAAGUGUACUACACCUUGCUCCAACUGUUUUAAUGGUUCCUGUGAACAGUCCUCAGGACAUUGCGAAAGGGGAUGCAGUCCAGGAUAUCAUGGUAUUAAGUGUGACCAGCUCUGUGGUCAGCAUUGCAAGGACAGCGUGUGUGAUCAGACAUCUGGACUUUGCAUUGAGUGCAAGGACACAUGGUAUGGGGCUAACUGCACCAAGGAAUGUAGUUCCUCCUGCAGCAAUAGUCAUUGUGUGACAGACUCAACUGGAUCUCCUGAAUGUACCCAUGGAUGUGUUGAUGGCAAGAAGGGAUCUUACUGUCAGAAGCAAUGCCCAGAUCAAUGCUAUAACUGCACAGAUGAUAAUUGUAUGGUAUGCAAGGACGGUUUUCAUGGAGAUGAUUGCAGAGAGACCUGUCCAGCCAACUGUGAACAUGGCUGUCAGAAGGACACAGGAUUGUGUACAUCAUGUAAGGUUGGCUUUUUUGGCACUCAGUGUCAGUUGUCCUGUAUUUUCAGAUGCAAAGCAUCUGACUCAGGGGAUCAGUUCUGUAGCUUCAGUGAUGGAGCUUGCCUCAAUGGCUGUAUUGACACAGUAUAUGGGACUCGUUGUGAUCAGAAUUGUAGUGACACCUGCAGAGAUCAGACAUGUAAUGACAAAGAUGGUACCUGUACAAGCGGAUGUAUGGAUGGCUGGAAAGGUCCCAAGUGCAAAACCACAUGUCCAUCCAACUGCAAGUCAUGUACCGACACCUCCUGCACUGAGUGUAAUCCAAGCUGGUUUGGUGACAACUGUCGGAGAGAAUGUCCAAAUUGUGCUGAGGGGAACUGCAUUCGACGAUCAGGUGUUUGCCAAGAAGGAUGUCUACCAGGGUUUCAUGGUAAAAAGUGUGACCUCAAGUGUGCCACAUAUUGUAAAAUGCGUGAAGGUAUGUACAAUUUUGUUUAUUGUGACCAGAAUACUGGUCGAUGUCUCGACGGCUGCACAGAUGGACAUUAUGGUGACCUGUGUAAAAGAAACUGCAGUAAAACAUGUCAUGCGCAUGUCUGUGAGCAGAACUCCGGAAAGUGUAACAAUGGCUGCCAAAGCGGUAGACAUGGGGACUUCUGUGACCGGAAGUGUAGUGUACAUUGUGGGAGAUCCACUGACAGACAGUGCAUCCAGGCUGAUGGUUCCUGUAACUUAGGCUGUCUGAAAGGCUGGUAUGGAUCCCACUGUGACAAGAACUGCUCAGAUGGAUGUUAUGAAGGAGUCUGUAGACAGAGCUCAGGGCUGUGUGUGCAAGGUUGUGAAAAGGGCAUCAUGGGAGACACAUGUGACACUGCAUGUCCUUAUGGUCGCUAUGGCUACAACUGCAGUGGAACAUGUGGUUACUGUAGAAGCAAUGCUACCUGUGACAGUAUCCAUGGCAACUGUUCUAUGGGAUGUGCAGAUGGUUAUGGAGGCUUCUUCUGCUCUGACAGAAUGAUAAUUGCACCAUCGCCUGGCCCUAAAAGUGCAGGACCAAUUUCCCUCACCAUGCUCCUGGCUGUGGUUGCCAUCUUGCUGAUAGCAGUCCUCCUCGUUGUAGGUUUCCUAGUCUACAAAAGACGAAAGGUUGUACAGUCCAAGAAUAACAGGAAUUCUGACUACCAGCAGUUGCCAUUGUCUCCUAAUAUUGUUGCCAACCCUUCAUACUGUCACUCCCCAGGAGGUAACCAGGCUCCAAGCAAGGCUUUGCGUGCUACAUUCAAGAAGAAUGGAGUUGCAGGCAGCCAGAAUGGCCAUGUGGCAGUGGCAGACAUUCAUAUGGACGAAGAUGACACUGAGAACCCUUACUACAACCUUGUCUCAAAGAACUCUCCUACCAUGGUGAAGACAAGUGAUCUGUGGAGCCAUAUUCAACAGCUGAAGCUGGAGGGAGGGUAUCAGGAACAGUAUGAUAAACUACCGACCGGGCUGCUCCUUCCUUGUGAUGUUGCGAUGUCACCGGAACAUAGGGGGAAAAACAGAUACAAGAACAUCUGUGCAUUUGACAGAACAAGAGUGAUCCUUGACCCAGAAAGUGAUGACCCCUAUUCAGACUACAUUAAUGCCAACUACGUUGCUGGAUACAAUAGAACUAAACUGUUCGUGGCCUCACAAGGACCUGUUGAUGCGAUCGUUAACGACUUCUGGAGGAUGAUCUGGCAACUGAAUACCAGCAAAAUUGUCAUGUUAACAAACAUCGUCGAGGAGGGAAGAAUGAAGUGUGUGAUGUACUGGCCGGAACACAGUGCAGGAGCAGUGCAGUAUGGCAACAUGGUGAUUGAGUGCACCACAGAGGAAGUACUUGCUCACUACACCAUCAGGACACUCAAGAUUUGCAAGACCAAACAGGAGCAGAGCAAGUCAUCCAGUGUCCGGAUAGUGAAACACUUCCACUUCACCUCAUGGCCUGACAAGGGGGUGCCCACAGAUGUGGCUUCUCUGGUGGAGUUCUACUUCAAAGUGAAGAACACACCUACACACGGACAGGGACCCAUGGUUGUGCAUUGCAGUGCCGGUAUAGGUAGAACAGGAACCUUCCUGGCACUGUCCUACCUAUUUGAAGAGGCCAAGUUAUCAGACACGGUGGAUCCCUAUAGCUGUGUCAAGAGGAUGAGGCAUGAAAGAGUCAACAUGGUGCAGACACUGGAACAGUACGAGUUCCUCCACAAUGCACUGAUUGAGGCCCUGAUGGCAGGGGGAACAACCGUCUCCACAUCAGACUUCAAGACCUGCUAUGACAAUCUCCUACAGAGCAAUCCAGAAACAGGCAUCUCCAGGCUUAGAGAACAGUUUGAGACCCUCAACCUGAUGAGCCCUCCCUACAGGCUGGAGGAGUACCAGACAGCCAUGCUGCCAGAAAAUGUUGACAAGAACAGGUGUAAAGAGAUCAUUGCCUCGGACUACUAUCGGCCAUUCCUUUCUACGCCCAUACAUGGAAGGACUGAUUACAUCAAUGCAGUAUUCUUACCUGCAUACAAACAGAAGCGAGCCUUCCUGCUGACACAGAUGCCGAUGAAGGAUACUGUUAUUGACUUCUGGAGGAUGAUGUUUGAGACUCACUCCCAGACUAUCGUCAUGCUCAAUGAUGACAAUGAAGAACAGGAGACUGUAGGCUACUACUGGCCACAGAAGAACCAGAGGAAGCAGGAGUACGGGCCAUAUUUGGUGGAGCUGGAUGAGGAUGAGGAAUAUGAAUGCUACAGAGUUCUCACACUGAAAGUCAACAAGACUAGCAGAAAUGGAGAGAAUGGUACCCCACGUGUGAUCAAGCUGUUCAAGUGCAAUUUCUGGAUGCAUGAACAGGUUAUUCCAUACUCUGAUUUCCCCAUGUUUGCUGUCAUUGAAGCCGUGGUGCUAUGGCAACAGAAGACGGAGCAUGAACAAGUCACAGUCCACUGCAUGGAUGGUGUUACAAGAUCUGGGCUGUUCUGUGUGCUGUCAGCCAUCUUGGAAAGACUAAAGAUUGAGCAGGAUGUCAGUAUCCUGCAGACCAUCAACCAGAUGAGAGUGUGUCGACCACAACUCAUCCAAGACUUUAACCAGUUCAAGUUCUGCUAUGAUGCAGUACGAGAUUACCUGGAGAACUUCUCGACUUACUCCAACUUUACCUGAAUACAUACAGGGAUAUUACUAUUACUCAUACCAGUAUGACUGUACAAUUCACGGCGUAUAUUUUUCUGCAUUUGUGUCAUACAGUUUAACCAGGAUUUGUGCCAAUUGUUUUGUUACUAUGUUCUGUUUUUGUUUAUCAUUUUGUUAAUGUACUAGUAGCUGAUAUUGUGCCAUAGUAAUGUAUUCUUUUCCAUUAAUUUCUUCAAAAUAGUUAUUUACCUGAUGUAUAUGUUUACUUUUAAACAAAGUUAUUGUCAGUUCUACAAGGCGAGAGUACAUUUUCUUGCUCUCAUGUUAACAUUUUAUGAUGAAAUUUUGUAGAUCUCACAUUUCACUUGUUAUUGUCAUCACAUGUUGUUUUGUUCUUGUUGAUAAUGUGUAACUAUUCUGGUCUGUACAAUUGAUUGAAAUCGAUAUGAAAAGGAUUUUACAAAUUUUGUCAUGGCAGUAUAUAUAUGGUAGAUUGGUGUUUGAAGCUGUCAAAAAAGGUUGUGUUGCAACAGUUAAGGGACAAGGUAGGAUAUGGGCCCUUUUUCCCGAGAUAUGCAUUAUUUUAGAUCUGAGGAAAACCUUUACAAAUCAUUAUGAAAGUUGUAUCUUAUCUGAAGUGUUCAUAGAAUGAAUGAAAAUAGCGCAUGUUUAUUUCAGCUGAUGCCUCCUUGGAACUUAUUACAACACUCAAUGUAUAGGUACGGUUAUGAUGUGCUUGAACUGCUGAUUUUGGAGGUUUUCAGGAAGAGUUUUUCUUAAUUUUGACCGUGAGCAAGAUAAAAACAGUUCAAACCUAUGGUAAAAAAUUAUCUUGGGUCAUAGAUUUGCUAAUAAUGAAAUUUCUGUUGAAGUAAAACAAAUCCGCCUUUUCACUCAUUUAAGCCAUACUUAUAUAAUUUGUCAUGUCAGAAGUAAAAAAAGGGGGCACGGGUGGCCCAGUCGUCUAAGGCGCCACGAUUCGCUGUGCAGAGUUGCGUCCCUUGGGCACACCAGAAACCUAUGAUUGUGGGUUCGAAUCCCGGUUCACCCCGAUUAUGUUUCUAGGUUUGUCAGCACCAUACCCGUGCUCGUGGGUUUCACCGAAGUUGUAAAGUGGUGAGACCUGCAUCACUUCGGGCUUUCCUCCCACAUUAAGCUGACACACCGUGAUAUAACUGGAAUACUGUUAAAAGCGGCGUAAAACCGAACUCACUCACUCACUCACUCAGAAGUCAAACUCUUGCGAGCGUAAGAAAGACAAGAGGCUAGCUGCCAGUCAUUAAACAUGUCUGAUUAUUUUCAUUCCAAUAUCUCAAAGUUUUCCACAACUUCAAAAUUUGAUAUAUCCAGUGAACGAAAUAGGUCCCUUGCCGUACUUUUUUUUUCUGAAAAUCCCACAUUUGUGCUGCUUUGUGUAAAGUUUUAAGAUUAGUUGGAAGUACACACUCACAUUAAGGUAAUGAGGGAGUGUGGAAUAGAAUUCAAGAAAGUUAUACAAACCUUGAUGUUCCUGCUGGUUUGGACUCAUUGACUCAAGAUCUGCUCCAGCAGUGUACUGAAAUUAUUCCACUUGAUAGUUAAUUGACUGGUUCCUGUUCUAAAAUAAUACAAGUUUAUCAUUACAAGGACUAGUCACCAUUUUCUUACAGUUAGCUCUGGGUAGUAGCAUUGAAUCAAAAUAUUUUUAGUGCAGUUGCGCUGGGAUCGGACCAAACUUGCUGAAUAUUUUUGAAAUCUUACCUGAUAUGAAUUUUUGUGAUGUUUAUUAUGUGCAAUGUGGACCAUGAAGAAAAUUAUUAUUUGGGAAAAUUUUAUUCCUACACAAUGUGCCUUUUUAGUUUAUCAUUGGUACUUUCACAUUACUGAUCUUGGUUUUUUUAUGUGAUCUAGUUCAAAGACUUACACUCCCAUAUGUAUACACAGUAGUAGCCAGUGAUACAAAUAUGACAAUCAUGUAAAUGAGGACUAAUUCUGAAUUUAUUAUUUAUGUUCUCUUGGCUGGUAAAUUGAUUUGAAUAUAUUUUCAAAUAUGACUUGAUACACAUUAUAUAUCUUUCUACUUAUCAUUAUGGCUUAAUUUUUGUGUGAAUAUUUUUAAACCAUGAAAUGCAAUGGAUUUUUAUUAAAGUCUUGAUUUGGAAAACUGGUCCCCAAGUACAUUUUUAUGUUCUCAACAUGAUCAAGUCCUAAUUGCAGUUUACAAGACCCUUCAUCGAUGAUUUUAUUGAAUUCUGACUGGAUCAUUGUUAAUACUUGUUACACAAGUAAUGUACCGGUAUUUUCAAGGGAUUCAAGUAUUGUGAAUAACUAGACACUGCUUGCAACAUUGUGUUCAUUUAAUGUUGAUGUUGGAGACGGUGGAUGAUGAACCACCCAUCCCCAGACAGUGGACCAGAUAGUGAAACCCUCGUACCCUCCCUUCCAGACAAUUAUUGUUGGGGAAGUUUAUAUAUGUCCUUGGAUUCCACACCCCUGAUUUGUUAAUCCACAAUGUGCUAAUCUGGGCAUCACCACUGGGAAUGGUAUUGUCUGGAUAAAGAGUGUUUAACUGUAUUUCUUGUGUAACAGUUAGUGCAGAGUUAUCCAUGUUAUCGACAAUUCAUGUUAACAGUCAGUAGACCAUGUGUAACGUGUAUGUGGAGGUACAUCUCUUACAAAAUACAGGUUUUUAUUGUCUAAAAGUAAUUAUGAUUCAUAGAACUCAAUCUUCCAUCUUUUGAUGAAGAUGGUUUGUUAGAAUUAGAAGCCAAUGUGCAUAAUAUUGAUGUAAGCAUAAUAGAUCGUUUAUAUUCAAGCUUUUUUAUCAUGAUGACUGAUGUAGUUGUAUAAUUACACAGGCAACAAUAUGGUUAUGAAGCUGAUACAGAACACCAUUCAACAGCUCAGGUUAGCAAUAGUUUUUAUACAUUGGUUUUUAUUAUCUGCUACAUAUUGUUUUCUGUAGUCUAAUGCAACUAAAUAAUAUUAUGUGGCAAAAACAUGCCAUAAUUUGCAGUCGAUAUUUGCUGUCGGUUAUCCAGAAGACCAAACUGAAGUUAUGUUGUGCCUAGAUUUAGUACAAUCAGAUUUUCGUUAUGGGUGCUAGAAAAAAAAUAAUUUCUUUGAACCAAAGCAUUUUACCUUUAUCCUAAUUGUCACUUUUGACCUGACCAUAUGUGCUUUUGUGCUUUCAAGGAUUGCAAACUUCCCUUGAUUUUUUAUAUGCCAAAGUAACCUUUUUUGUGGGAUUCCAAAGACAAUGUAACAGCAUUUUCAGAGCCAUGCUUGUCUCUCCAUCAAACAAAGGUUGUAACAAUCUACUUCCAGCUGAGACCGAGUUUGGCAAUAACAUGAUGCAUGAAUAUAUUAAGUAAUUAAAGACCAAUUGGCAAGUCCCUCUAGAAAAUCAAAUCAUACUAUGUGUAAAAUAUAUGUCUGAGGUAGAUGGAAAGAAGAUAUCUCAAUGUUCAUGCAUUCAUUAUAUAACAUAAUACAUUAUACUGCUGGUGAACAAAAAACAGCACUUGCCAUACUGUUUUCAGUAAAGACUUCACUGGUAAAAAAGGAAAAUAUUCUGGGUCAGUGUUUUCCUGAAAUACUUUGAGUCUUAAUCAAACAUGGCCCAUACUUGCCCUAUUAAUAUUUAGGCAGUAACACUACUUUUUAAUUUAGAGCUAGGUUACCUUUAGAUUGCGACCUAGAUCUAGAUUUAGACCUGCGCUAAAUUGAAUUUGGAAAUGAAACAUGCAGCAUUAGGUUUUAGAUCGUGUUUCUAUCAUGUUUUCUUCACAAAACAUAUUGCCAUAUAUACUUUAAAUAUUGCAGCUACCAGUCUUUAUUUUAUAACCUUUAAUUGUAUAUACGAUUAAUUGAGAAUGUCUGUGACAAUGACUGAGAAGGAACUUCUUUUCUUUUAAUAUUAUCUUCUGCAUUGAUGCUGUUUCAAUCAGAUGUGGUUAUUGUGAUUUGAUGCCUCUGGUUGACCCGUCAAAAUACAGUAUUUCUCAAAUUCAUGAUAGAAUUAUAUAAUGACCCAUCAUAAAAACAAGGAUGUUAUGUCAUCAUCAUUAAAUUGAUAAACAAAAUAACCAUAUUCUAUUCUAGAUUGAAAUAACAGUAUGUUUUUGAAUUCUUAUAUUGAAUAAUUUAUGAUUAAUUGCGGUAAGAUUUCAUAUUUGAAAUAUAUUGAUCACCCUUUGAUAUUGUUGAUAACAGAUUCAGUGAAUUUCUACAAUGAUGACACAGCCUUGCCUAGUGGUAUGGUGACGAGUAGUCUGUAGGUGUAGUAUGAGGCUGUGACAACUGAGUAGUGAGAUGACAUCCACAGUGACACAAGCUUACUUUGUACAUUGUGUCGAGCAUUCUCUGAUCACCCUGACUACCAGAGUGCUUAUGCACAUUACAUCUCUGCAUAGCACUUCCGAUAGGUAUGCAGAUUUGAUAUGAACAAACAUUGUGUAUUUUUUGUAUUGAUUUUGAUGAAGCCUUAUUAAUCCAGACAGGUUUUGUUUUCAUUCUCAGAGAUGUUCCCAGACCAUGAAAGGUGUAGUAUUUAUAUGUAAUUCAAUGGUUAUGUUGACAUGAGAUUUCUGGAUUACAAUAAUGCACAUGCAUAGUUACUUGGAGACUGGUCAUCCAUUAUAGGGUGGGAUUGGUCUUGUUCGAAUAUAUUUUUAUUUAAAAAAAUAGAACUGAUUUUGAUAACACCCUCUUCUCCCCCAUCCCAUCUAUUCUGACCCUCACCCCCACCCCCCAUAAUAAAUGACCAGUUCCUUGUGAAAUUGGAUUCCUUGUGGAAUUUUCUUUAUGUAAAUUUCAAUUCUGAUGUAUUAUUACCUGAUUUUCACAUGUUUAUUAUCUGUACUAAUAUCUUGAUAAUGCAUAUGUACAAUUCAUACCUGGAAUUUGCUGUGUAUAAUGUCAUGUCUUACAUGAGCAGUAUUAUAAUUUAGCUAUUCAUGCCUGUAUACCUUGUUAUUUGUUACAUGCUUAUAGUGUGUUAUUGGUGCUCAUAGUCGAAAUAAACCACAUCAUUCAUCACCUACAUUGGAGGCCAACAUACGAGGGCCUUCUCCCACCUUGAUCAUUACUUGUAGGUAGCUCUGUUUCUUAAUGUACAUUCAUGGAAAAUGUGAGUAGGUUCUUCAAAUGAAAUGAAAAAUAAUAUCAAUUUUCUUGUGUUUGUUCAAAAGUGUUAUUUGACUUUGUGACAUUGUCCUUGUGUAAUAAUUGUGUUUUGAAAAAAUGAUCUAGAUCAUUAAACCUAUUUGUUUGCAGAUACAAAAAACAUUUGAAUGACCAGUCUUAAAAUUAGUAAGACUGUAGUUUUGAGCAAGCCCAGUCUCUCUUUAAGUUAUUUCUCUAUGCAUCUUUAAAUAAAAUGCCAUUUAAUUUAAGCAUACAGCAUGAAUAAAUCAAAUAUAUUCUAAGGAAGGCCUUUUGUCAACUGGUUGAUAAAAAUCUGGUCUAUUGAUAAAAAAGGUAAGAAAAUAUUCUUUCACUUUUAACAACCAGAAAUCUUUUCAGAUUCGUGAUCAACUGGUGUUUCAUAAAAUGUGUCACUAUUGCAAUUGAUAUGUAAUGUUGGACUCCCUUUAACUUUACUUUACCUGUCUACUGUAUAUUUCAGAAUGUAUUUACAUUUGUUAUUGUAAUGUGCCUUAAAGUUGUAAAAUUACUGUAUUUGUAUGAAAAUAUUUUAUCUUCAUGAAAUUAAUAGUUCCCUAUUACCAGAUUUUGUAGCUAAUUCAAACUGUUGCACAUGUAAGGCAGCUACAUGAUGCAAGCCAUAUACAUCUGAGCAUUUCCAUAUUUGAUGGGGGGCACAGGUGGCCGGCCCAGUUGUCAAAGGAGUUUCUUCCUUUGGGUUCGUAGGUUCAAAUCCCGGUUCGCCCCGAUUAUGUUUCUAGGUGCGUCAGCAUCAUAUCCAUUGCUUGCGGGUUUCACCAAAGUGGUAAACUUCUCCAUUUGGCUGACACGCCAUGAUGUUAACUGGAAUACUUUUCACUUACUCAGUCAUUAUAUUUGACAUGUUCUCUGAGUUCUCUCCCUGGGCUAUCUGUGCCAUAUAUGGGUGUGAACCACAGUUUUUUAAAUUACCUCAGUCUGUGCCAAAAACUUUUGAAUCAACAAUCUGGAAUUUUUCUCUUGGCAUCAUUUUCAAUAGACUUUUAGUGUCAAUAUGUGAACUAUGAUGACUCAGUGUAUACAAUCAAACAACAUUUUCCUAGACUCAGUCUUCGGACUAGUUGCUGUAGUCUUGUCAUACUGCAGCCUUGUCUGCAUCAGGUUUUGCUCAUUGGGACCAUCUGAUAUUUGGGAUGCAAUACCAUUUAUAAUCACACAAAUCCAAAACAUAGAAUUAAGUUAUCCAUGAGGAAGACAGUUAUUUAAGGCUCCAGCCUGCCAUGUUCUACUGCUACUCACUUAAACCCCCCUUAAAGUGACUGUCAAUCACUUAAACCCCCUUUAAAUGACUUGCUCACUUAAAUCCCCUUGAACACCCUCUUAUGACUGUCACUCACUUGAACACCCUAUAAAUAACUGCCAUUCACUUGAACACCCUUGAAAUGACAGAAGAACAUGGCAGGCCGAAGCCUGAACCCCCUAUAAAUGACUGCCACUCACUUCAACCCCCUUUUGAUGACACUCUUUCACUUAAUUACCCUGGAGGCCCCUCUUCAUGACUGACUAGAGCCCUCUUUAGGACAAUGACUAAAACUCACUGAAACCUCCUUUAAAAGGACUCACACACUGGACAAACCUCUUUUAAUGACUGGAACCCCUUUUAAAGACUGACACUCCCUUAAUGCUUGAUACCCACUUCAAAUGACACUCACAACUGAUCUCUGCAUGCCAGUACCAGUAAUACUGUUAAAUGUGUAUAUAUUGGAGCAUUGGUUUACUUUGGAAUUUUGACAUAAUGUCAUGAUCUGUUUUGUUUGUACAUUUGCUCAAAAUGGUUUUGUUGAGAUGUCUAAAUUCUUAAUACGAGAUACUGAAUAAUACUAGAUGUUAACAGAACAUGAAAUUUGUAUCUUAAUGUUUCCUUACUUACUGAUUAUAUACAAAUGAACCAUUCACCUCUUAAAAGUAUCUUUACUACCAUGCAGCUGAUCUUUGUGAGCCUCAGACUGCAGCACAAGAGGAUAAUAUACAUUAUAUUUAUACAUAUAUACAAACACAUGUAUAUACAAUUAUCUUGACAAACAUUUACAAUAUGGGAAAUUAGUUUAUACAUCCUAUAUAGAAACAUACCUGAUUGUGUAAUCUAAAGAUUUAUCUUUAAUUCGACAUAAUCAUGAUAAUAUACUUGUUUUGUUAUUAUAUUUUCUUUUUUAUCGAAUUAGAAUUUGUACAUAUGGAAAUAUGAAAAUUAAUGUUUCACCCCACAUUCAGGAAAAAACAUGAAUAGUAUAAGCAGAGAAGAAUAUUGAUAGUGCACAUCCAAAUUACAGAAUAAAAGUUGUCUUGAACAUAUUGUUGCUUUGUUGGUAAGAAUCAUGCUCCCUGAAUUCUGGGCGAGUUACUGCUUCAUUGUCGGGAAUAAAAAAGUUUGCAGAUUUUGAUAGUAACCAGUGUAUUCUUGCAGGAACAUAGAUACUGUGUUUGUUUUGAUUUCUCUCUCACUCACUCACUCACUCAUACACACACACACACUUUCUCUCAUUUCUGGCAAUAACAAAAGUAUUUUUUCUCACAUGGUUUACCGUGUUGUCGCUGAAAUGUAACUACAGACUUAUUUUCUUCAGCUCAUUCUGCACCCUGUGUCUUGAGAGUAUCAACAAAUACAUUUGUAGAUAUUGAAGCUUUUGAUAAUUAUUCUAAUCUUGAAAUGACAUUAUCAAGAUAAUUGUAUUAUGAAAAUGUAAAUCAAACUUUGUUCUGAAGAAGCCAAUGAAGAAUUACACAAUGUUUUCACUACUGUUGCUUCUGACUGGCAACAGUGACUGUAAAUGUAAGAGGCAAUUUGCACAACAUUUUGUUCUGUGUCUCAGUUUUGUAGGAACUAGCUAUGUAUCUAAUCCUGUUCAGCCCAUGCAGCUGAAACUAAACAUUUCUGGUGUUCCACAUUGAUUUUAUUGUCAGUAACAAACUUGAGGUACCUUUUAUGUUGAAUAAACUAUGCUACUGCA